AUGGAUCCUCUACCCGAGCCGGCUUUGCCUAUCCCACAAAUGAGGACAUACGGAGGGAAUGCUGCCUUUCAUAACUUCCACAAUGACUAUUCCCAUAUCAACGAUCCAAAUCUUCGCCGAAGGUUAGCCCUAGCAGAAAUAGACAAAAUCCCAUUCGGAUGGUAUCACGUCCGCGCUGUCACUGUCGCUGGUAUUGGGUUCUUUACGGACUCGUACAAUAUAUUCGCCAUCAACCUUGUCACAUCUUUAUUGGGAAUGGUGUUUUGGCAAGGGCCUCCGAUACCAGGAUCGAGUUCUGGCGGGAACUUUGGAAUAUUACCCCAAAAUAUCAACACAGCACUCAAAGCGGCUACCUCUGGAGGGGCAGUGGUGGGGCAGUUAGGCUUUGGAUGGUUGGCUGAUGUGGUCGGGCGAAGAAAGAUGUAUGGUGUUGAAUUGGCCAUCAUUGUCCUCGCAACAUUUGCACAAGCCCUUGCCGCACCCAGUUUGGCGGUAAAUAUGACUGGUCUCCUAAUCUUCUGGAGGGUUAUCAUGGGCAUUGGGAUUGGAGGAGACUACCCACUAUCUGCAGUUAUUACCUCCGAAUUUGCUCCAACACGUUGGAGAGGUGCAAUGAUGGCUGCCGUUUUCUCCAUGCAAGGGACUGGUCAAUUAGCGGCCGCCAUUGUGGCUCUCAUUACCACUGUUGCGUUCAAAGCCUCCUUUGUCAAUACUACAAGCUCCUUCUCAACCUGUCAUGAAGCCUGCCAAAAGGCUGGCGACCGAGCAUGGCGCGUUAUCAUGGGAUUUGGUGCAGUACCGGCCUGCUUUGCGCUCUAUUGGCGCUUGACUAUUCCUGAAACUCCCCGAUAUACCUUCGAUGUAGCCCGCGAUAUCGAGAAAGCCCAGGCGGAUAUCAAAGCAUACAUAAAUAAUGAAUCAAAUGGGAGUGCUGACUCCAUCGUACGUGAGAAGACCAAGCAGCGGCUCGGCAAGAGUCUUGUAGCACCUAAAGCGUCUUGGAAUGAUGCCUUUGGGUACUUCUCACAAUGGAAGAACUUCAAGGUUCUCUUUGGAACCACCGCAUCUUGGUUCUUCCUUGACUUAGCUUACUACGGACUUGGCUUGAACAAUAGUAUCGUCCUGAAUGUAAUAGGCUACGGUACUGGUCAUACAAUCUACCAUACUCUUCUCAAUACCGCUCUUGGAUCCCUGAUACUCGCAUGUGCUGGCUCUAUACCAGGCUACUGGCUCUCGGUAUUCACAGUCGACACGCUAGGCCGUAAACCCAUCCAAGUUAUAGGAUUCUUCAUCCUUACGGGACUUUUCUGCGUAAUCGGUUUCGCCUACAAUGCCCUCAGCUCCGGCGCUUUCUUGACAUUUUAUAUCCUUGCACAGCUGUUCUUCAAUUUUGGGCCAAACACAACUACUUUCCUCAUUCCUGGCGAAUGCUUUCCAACUCGUUAUCGCUCAACAGGACACGGGCUCUCUGCUGCAUCUGGCAAAAUCGGUGCCAUCAUUGCACAGGUCAUGGCACCGCCCCUUCUCAACAAAGGGGCCCCGGAGGGUUGCAAAGGCGCAGCUUGCCAACCUUGGCUUCCCCAUCUCAUGCAAAUAUUCGCACUAUUCAUGCUCUGCGGAACCCUUGUUUCCUUCCUAGUGCCCGAGACGAAGGGAAGAACCUUAGAGGAAUUGGCUGGCGAACGCACAGAUGAACAACUGAAUGGCAACGUAACAACGAGGAGCAAAACAAACUGGUGGAAUUACUCCAGUCCAUUCAAAGGGGGCAGGCCUGCGGGGUUCAACAGUGGCCGGAGUCCAAAUCUCCUUCCGAGAAGUCCAGGAAUAAGAGGAAAGCGGCAACGAGUUGGAAUUAUGACAAGCCCGGAUUUGAUACCAAAAAAAGGGGAUAAAGGAAAGAAAAAAAAAAACAUUUGA